AGCUACAAUGGAAAAGUCAUGGAUGCUAUGGAACUUUGUUGAAAGAUGGCUAAUAGCCUUAGCAUCAUGGUCUUGGGCUCUCUGCCGUAUUUCUCUUUUACCUUUAAUAGUGACUUUUCAUCUGUAUGGAGGCAUUGUCUUACUUUUGUUAAUAUUUAUAUCAAUAGCAGGUAUUCUAUAUAAAUUCCAAGAUGUAUUGCUUUAUUUUCCAGAACAGCCAUCAUCAUCACGCCUUUAUGUUCCUAUGCCCACUGGUAUUCCACAUGAAAACAUUUUCAUCAGAACCAAAGAUGGAAUCUGUCUAAAUCUUAUUUUGAUAAGAUACACUGGAGACAAUUCACCCUAUUCCCCAACUGUAAUUUAUUUUCAUGGGAAUGCAGGCAACGUAGGUCAUAGGUUACCAAAUGCAUUGCUUAUGUUGGUUAACCUCAAAGUUAAUCUUUUGCUUGUUGAUUAUCGAGGAUAUGGAAAAAGUGAAGGAGAAGCAAGUGAAGAAGGACUCUACUUAGAUUCUGAAGCUGUGCUAGACUAUGUGAUGACUAGACCAGACCUUGAUAAAACAAAAAUUUUUCUCUUUGGUCGUUCCUUGGGAGGAGCAGUGGCUAUUCAUUUAGCUUCUGAAAAUUCACAUAGGAUUUCAGCAAUUAUGGUGGAAAACACAUUUUUAAGUAUACCGCAUAUGGCCAGCACUUUAUUUUCAUUCUUUCCAAUGCGUUACCUUCCUUUGUGGUGCUACAAAAAUAAAUUUUUGUCUUACAGAAAAAUCUCUCAGUGCAGAAUGCCUUCUCUCUUCAUUUCUGGACUUUCUGACCAGUUAAUUCCACCAGUAAUGAUGAAACAACUUUAUGAACUUUCCCCAUCUCGGACUAAAAGAUUAGCCAUUUUUCCAGAUGGAACUCAUAAUGAUACAUGGCAGUGCCACGGCUAUUUCACCGCACUUGAACAGUUCAUCAAAGAAGUGAUAAAGACUCAUUCUCCAGAAGACAUAGCAAAAACUUCAUCUAACGUAACAAUUAUAUAAUGUAGCCUUUGAUUAAUGCACUGUAUUAUAAUGUGUGCAGAAUGAAAAAGAAUGUUCCUCUCUAGAAAUGUGUUAUGUCUGUACUUGUCUAAAGAGUGAUAUUAAACUUUGAAAGGACUUUAAUGCUUCUUUAUGAUGAUCCAUAUAGUUUUUUACAUUUGAAGAACUAUAAUUCUUGGGAUUAUUUCAUACAUUUUCAUCAAAAUUUUCAAUGUGGUUAUGUAUUCAUAUUUUUAGGUUAGUAUACCAGCAUACUAGAUACUACUCAGAAGUUUCUUGUUGCUAAAAAAAGGUAUGCUGUCCAUUACACUUAGAUUCGUGACUGGCAAUGAAGGAGAUAGAUAAACAAGAAAUUCUGGGUUUUAUUCCUUUAAUAAUUAUUGGGACAAUCAUGGUAAGCAAACAGUUCUGUAACUGCAUUUUUUACAUUAAAAGUUAGUAUGAAAUGCAUGAUGGUAUUUUAUUCCUUGAAUUAUGCAAUGCAACAUUUUAAAUGUAAAUAGCAAUGAUCAUAUACUGGUGUAUAUGGUUACUUGGGUUAUAUCUAUUUUUAUGUAAACUUUUGUUUUUGGCAGGAAGUGAAAUUGAGGCCUCUGUGCUGGUUGCCAUUGAAUUUUGCUCUGGUGAAUGCUGACAUCCAGCUUUUUACAAAUAAAUGGGACCCCAUUUGCCAAUA